CUCUUAUUUAGGCACCUCUUCACUCCUCCCCCGUUUCUUCUUUGGAUUCAUGGCUGAUCGAAGAAGUGGGAUGGUCCAAUCCUUUGGCUAUCCUUAUCCACAACAACAACAACAACAACAACAACAUGCCCAUGGCAGCAACAGUAGUAGCAGGAGUUCGUCCAUUGUCAGCCGAGCGGUAGCUGCUGCUGCUGCCAAUAAUCACCAUUCCAAUCGAACGAGAUCGAGUAGCGGACGAGGUUCAAAACGAUAUUCAGUAUCUGUCUUUUAUUCCAUGGCAGCAGAACAAGACGUAGAAGUGCAAGACGAUUUGGCUCAAGCACAAAAACGUCUACGUGAAUUAAAAAACAAGAUAUCGACACAAUCCAAGAAAAACUUUAUGCGCGAAAGAGACGUACGAUUUUUAGAUGCAAGGAUUGGAUUAUUGAUACAGAAUCGUAUGGCCCUUGAAGAGCAACAUGAAGUGGCCUCUCGUCUGGAAGAUCACCAUCCUGCCGACAGUGCUGACCAGGAUCACCCACGCCAUCAUCGUCCUCACUAUCUGGACGACGAAAGACGUCUGCAGCAAUAUGGAAACUUGUUUUAUCUUUUACAAAGUGAGCCACGGCAUAUGGCCAUUCUUUGUCGACUGGUCAAUCUGAGCGAAAUUGAUAAUUUACUCCAGACCGUCAUGUUUACCCUUUACGGGAAUCAAUAUGAAAGUAGAGAAGAACAUUUACUCUUGACCAUGUUUCAAAAUGUCCUGGCCGCCCAGUUUGAAACAACAGCCGAAUUCACGUCCUUGCUUAGAGCCAAUACUCCUGUAUCACGUAUGAUGACCACCUAUACCCGUCGAGGCCCUGGCCAAUCGUAUCUAAAAUCAGUCCUCUCUGAAAAAAUCAAUCAACUCAUCCUCGAUCAGAAAGAUCUCAACUUGCAAAUCAAUCCAUUAAAAGUAUACGAAGAGCUUUUGAACGACGCGUCAUUGCUUGCCCAGUAUAGCGACGGCAACGAGAGCAUCGCUGACUUUCCCAAAAGUGUUACAGCGGAAGUGGCCGCCAACAACCCCAUCCUACAAAAGAUCAUUCAACCACGGCUGGCCAAACUCAUGGAGAUUGCCGAUGCCUUUCUGUCGACCCUUACGCAGUCCCUAGAACAAGUGCCCUACGGAAUACGAUGGAUCUGCAAACAGAUCCGUUCUUUGGCGAAAAGAAAAUACCCUCAUACUACAGAUCAUGCUAUUUCCUCUUUAAUUGGUGGCUUCUUUUUCUUGCGAUUUGUCAAUCCAGCGAUCGUCACACCCCAGGCCUACAUGUUGGUAGAGAGUGCACCUCAUUCUCACUCGCGUACCACGCUCACUUUGCUGGCCAAAAUGCUUCAAAAUUUGGCAAACAAGCCAUCGUAUGCAAAAGAAGCUUACAUGAUACCCACGAAUCGCUUUGUUGAACAAAAUAAACAACGCACGAUUCAAUUUCUCAACGAUCUCUGUGAGGUAGGUGACUUUUACGAACAGCUCGAAAUGGAUCAAUACAUGGCUCUCAGCAAGAAAGAUAUCAUGAUCAGUAUUACCCCCAACGAAAUCUACAAUACCAUUUCCUUGCUCCACCAGCAUCUGGAUAUCCUCGCCCCCAAAGAAACCGACCAUUUACGCGUCCUCGUCAAAGAAGUGGUGUCAGCGCCUGGUGCGUUGCAACAAUUACAACAACCUGUACCACGGAAAGAGAACAAGCCCUUCGACUUGCCCCUUUUCAGUCGCUGGGAAAUGCCUAUUCAAGACCUCACCCUCUCCCUCAUGUCUGAAAACAAUAUCACUCAGAACGAUAUCCUGUACAUGGAAGCGAAAUCUACGUUUGUACAGAUCAUUCGAACCCUUCCUCAUUUAGCCCAGGAACUGAGUGGGGCGACGAAUACACAAAAACAACACCACCCAGGGAACCCUAUACCUACCUUACACCGUAUUGCAGAAACAGCAGGAACCACAACGAACGAUGCGCAACUCGUGCAUAAAGGCAUCAAAGUGAAAGAGAUGGUGCGCGAAUUAGAAGAAGCAGGCGUGAUCGAUCCUCGUGAUAACCAUCAAUUUCUCAUCAAAGAAAUCAAGCAAGAGCUCACCCAUUUGGGUGAUUUGAGUGUCAAGGUCAUGGAAGAGCUCACAUCUCUCGAAAGUGUGUAUCAAACCAUUUUAGAUCAUAAUCAAUACUUGCAAAGUCAGCUGGAAAGCUAUAAAGCCUAUCUACAGAAUGUGAGAAUACAAACCACCCUCCAUGGCAGUAGCAGUAGUCAUCAGAAUAAAAAGAAAAAGUGGCAUGGCAGCAGCGAUACCGGAGACUACAGUCAUGACGACAACACGGUAGGCCUUGGCGUGAAAGUCGUUGUGCCCGAAGACUCUUCCACGACGACGAAAAAAGGGAACCAUAGCAAUACACUCCGCAAGUCCACCUCCUCUUUACUGGCCAUUUCCACAUCUUCCCUUUCCUUUCACCAAAGCUCACCAUCACUAUCGACCCUGUCACAAACGCAACAACAACAACAGACAUCAUCAUCGACAGUGGCAACAACAACAACAACAACAACAACAGCAGCAGCAGCAGCAACAGCCGCCUCCACGACAGCCCAAGUUUACAAAUAUAGCUAUUAUCAGUUAGAAAAAGAAGGCAUCAUUACAGAAACAGAAAUACCUCCCACUAGACGCCACCACAUGUAUUUAACGUUAUGUUCGCCCAUGCCAGGCACAUUUAUCAUUGCCCUUCACUAUAAAGGACGUGAUAAACCAGUCCUUGAAAUUGAUUUAAAAUUAGACGAUUUACUAGAAAAGCAACAAGAUCAUAUCAAGACAUUAGAUUUGGAAUAUGCCAAAUUGAAUGUUUCCAAGACACUGCAGCUGUUUAACAAACUUUUUUUGGCAAAGACGAGAACCGGCUUCUUUUCUUAAAGA